AUGUGCGUACAGUUCUGGGACACGGAGCAGGAAAGGGCAGACGGAAACCUCUCGUACAGCCUCGUCUACUACAUGCCGCCGGAGGAGCUGCCGCCAGAGACAUCUCCGCUGGACGGGGUAGCUUACCUGGCUUCUCACACUGCAGAGGGCGCGAUCGUCAACGAUAGCCGCCGCCGAUUCGUGGAUCUAGUCUUGGCAGCACAGACAACGAUUGACGAGGUGCACAUGACCCUGCAAAGGAAAACCAAAAGGACUGCGCCCGAAGCGGAAGAAAUGGAGCACCAGCGACUCAUGGGUCUGACGACGGCGCAGUUCUGGAUGGGACAUUUCUGUUCUGCUCUCGUCGUGGCCUUGGCGGAAGGCGCCUGUACCUUACUCGUCAUCUACUUCAGCGUCGAAGACUUUCGGCCACCGCCAAGUUUGACCGCGAAGGAGGCGAGAUACGCCUGGCUCGCCUUGCAGAUUGAGGACGAAGAAGACGGGUCCGAGAAGGUCAAGAACAAAGAGGCGCAAUACCAAGCCGUCAGCCUGGACUUCCUGGACGUGCCUUACGUCCAGCACGUUGACGUGGCACUGCUUCUGGCAAACUUCCUGAUUUUCCACGUGUCGCACACCACGCUCGCAAUGCUCGUCGCCUGCUUGGUUCCCUUCGGGCGAUGGGCGAUGCUGGUGGGAUUUGGAGUGUACUUUAUCCUGCCCAUCUGUGAUGCCGACAACUUCAGCUUCCUGUCGAACGCACCAUUGAGCGACUACCUGAUGGAAGACAGGUUUAGCAAGCUGCGAAAGUGCGCCUACCCGAACUUUGCCAUGGCUACCGUCAUGAAGAUCAUUUGCAUCUUUGCCGAUUUCGAAUUGGACGCUGGUUGGAGCAGGGUCGAUGAUUUCGCGCUAGGCUGCGACAGCGUCACCAUACUGGAGGUGUGGGCCGUGAUGGGGGUCAUGGUCCUGGCGGCGGCCGUCCUCAUCUGGUACCUGUCGCACGUGCUGCCUUGGGCCAACGCGACGCCCGAGAGCCCGUUGUUCCCUCUGCUGCCGAGGUACUGGUGCCCACGUCAAGUCAAGAUGGACUUGGAGACACAGGGGGACGAGCCACUUCCCGCUGAUCGUUUCGAAGCGCCGCCAGUAACACCGGCUGUCGUGGAGUGCAAGAACCUGGUCAAGCAUUUCGGCGGCCUCGCCGCCUUGGACGGAGUCAACAUGUCGGUCCACAAGUCCUAUGUGACUGUCUUGCUUGGACACAAUGGAGCCGGAAAGACGACGCUCAUGAGCAUACUGACAGGAUUGCUCAAGCCGAGUGGUGGUUCAGCCAUGGUGGCUGGCUGGGAUAUCAACACCGAGGCAGCGCGACGCGAAGUGGGCUUCUGUCCUCAGAAAGAUAUCUUCUUCGACGAUUUGACUGUUCAAGAGCACUUAGAGUAUUUUGCGACGCUAAGAGGUGUGGAUGAUCCUGCCAAGCGAGCACAGAUGCUCCUCAAAACGUUGCGGCUCACGGAAAAGGCAUUGCACUACCCUGCAGAACUGUCCGGCGGCCAAAGACGGAAGCUGAGCGUCGCAGUGGCACUCGUGUCGUCGCCAACGUUGCUCAUUCUCGAUGAGCCCACAGCAGCCAUGGACCCGGAGACGAGGCGACACUUCUGGAAACUCAUAGGACGCUUCCGGGGCAAGAGGACUGUGCUCAUUUCGACGCAUGACAUGGAAGAAGCGGAUGUUCUCGGGGACAGGAUCAUCAUAAUGCACAGCGGAAAGGUCAUCUGCAGUGGUUCGACCAGCUUCCUGAAGAUUGCCUGUGGCGUGGGCUACAAGCUCAACAUCGGCAAGGCCCAGCAGGGCUUCCAGAUUGGCAGCGUCUUGCAGCUCGUGCGUCAGACGGCGCCUCUAGCAGCAGUGGAGGACGAGCGCAGCGGUGACGUCACAAUUGCUCUGCACACGUUCAGCUGCGACGGCUUCGAGAAUAUGUUCCGGCAGUUGGAGUACGGCGCCCAGAGGUUGGGAAUCACGGGCGUCGGUGUGACCGUCGCGACCAUGACGGACGCCUAUCUGAAAAUAAGCAGGGAAUGGGCUGCAGAAGCGAUGCGUCGGCAGAAAGAGGAAGACGAAGGGGCCAGAGCGCCACCUGUGCCAAUGGCAGCACAAGGUUACGUGAACGUGGCUGCCUCAAGCAGCAAGCCGAUUCCUCCAGCUGCUGUUGCAACCACUGGCAAGCUGCUUGUACCGUCCCCGCCGAAACCGGAUGCCAACCAAGGUGCUGCAACCAACAAGCCGGAUCCUGCACCUGCUGUCGGGAAUGCUGGAUCUCCAUUGAAGGUCGCAAAGAAGAACAAGCUGAAAGUCACUCGGAGACCAAACGACGUCCAGCAAUUCGAGGCCCUGCUUUCCAAGCGCUGCUCCUACUUGGGACGUACGCGUUUCCUCUUCCUCACUGGCUGGCUACUUCCGGUUGCGAUAGCCUCUCUGGCUACCACCACACUGACGGCACAGCGGGCGGACGACAUAGGACCGCUUCCGCGGAGCAUCGUCCUCAGCGCCACCGCACAGUUCGGUGCGGACGUGCGUGCCUUCUUGACCGCGGGGAACGAGACGAAUUCGUCGCUCAACUACCGGGAGCUCCUGGAAAGCGAAGACGUGGCCAUCGAGGAACUGGGGGACCCACAGGAGGAGAUGCUGGUGGCCCUGGAAGAGAACUAUUUCGAGUAUGCUUCAAGCUAUGCCUUUGGAGCCACGAUCAACUCUUCGACCUUUGUUGAAGCAUGGUACAACCCCACAAGCCUAAUGAGCCUGGCCGUGCUGAAGAACCUGAUGAAUACUAUCAAGCUGAGAAACGCGUCCGGUCGGAGCGACUUGCGGAUCAACACCGAACUCUCUCUCUACGCGCUGCCGAAGGAUGCUCUGGGAACUGCGUCGGCGAGCCGAGGGUACGAAGAGAGCCUAGGGCGGCUGCAGCUGGCCGUGGAGCAGACCUGGAUGUACUGGGGCUGUAUGGUCACGGUCAGCAUGGGCCUGCUCAUCUCCUCGUUUGUGGUGUUCCCCGCCGCCGAGAACCACAACGGGGCGCGCGGCCUGCAGCUCAUGACGGGUGUUUCCGGCUGCACCUUCAUUACGGCGCAUUUCCUGUUCGACCUCGUUUUCUACCUGGUCCCCAUGACUGUCAUAUACGGAGCCUUCGCGUUUUUGCAGGGCCUGUCCUUCGAGACAAUAGUGGCCCUCGUCGCAAUCGUGCUGUCAUUCGCUCCUCUGGGCAUAAUGGUACCCUACAUGGUGACGGAGCACAUAGAAGCCGAAGGGACGGCGUACUCCAUUGUAGUUGGCAUGUUCGCCGUCGGAGGGCCCGCGGUCUUCCUGUUCUUCCUAACUACCUUGCCCGCGCUGAACAACCAGGGCCUGCGCGUGCCUCUCCUCUUUUUCCCGCCCUUCCUGUUGGGGGCCGCCACCAUCCGGGCGGUCAGCCUCGAGUACGAGGCGAACAUGUGCGACCUGCUACGCUUGCGCCCAAAGCUGGAUGACGUGUUCGUCACCGUUUGUGACGAGAUGCACUUGCUCGGCUCCGGCAUCGUCCACUGCUGCAAAUUGUUGGGGGCGCACCAGGAGGGCAAAGAAGAACGGUGGCACCUUAUCGGGCCCUUCUCGUGGUCCUGGUACAGCAUCCUCGGCGAGCUGUCCCUCAUGGUGGCGCUGGGCGCAUUGCUCUUCUACUGCGCUGUGCGCGGCGUGUCGGGAGACUUCGGCUACGAGAACAAGCUGCAGGACCUGCACACGCCCGCGCUGGACGACGACGUGGACGCGGAGAAGAAGCUGGUGAACACCGUCUGCCGCGAGAAGCGCCUCGCCGAGUACGCGCUGGUGGCGCGCAACUUGCACAAGUUCUUCGACAAAUUCUAUGCGGUGCGCGGAAUUUACCUGGCGAUUCAUCGCGGCGAGUGCUUCGGCCUCGUGGGCGUCAACGGCGCGGGCAAGACGACGACCUUCCAGAUGCUGGCGGCCCUCAUCGAGAUGACCGACGGCAACGCGUACAUGGGGAAACUGGUCCUAUCCAAGGUGCCUCGGCAGUGGCAAGGCCACAUCGGCUACUGCCCGCAAAGCGACGCACUUCUCGGCAAGUUAAAUGCGUUCGAGACACUGUUCAUGUUCGGCCGACUGCGCGGCGUACCGGAUCGACCGCUGGCGGCCAUGGUCCCCAAACUUAUUGCCAUGGUCGACCUGUCGGAGCAUGCAGCCAAGCCCUGCGAGUGCUACAGCGGGGGCAACAAGCGCAAGCUGUCCAUCGCUGUGGCAGUGGUGGGCUUCCCUCCAGUCGUCCUCUUGGACGAGCCCUUCGCCGGCGUCGACGUCGUCUCACGCAACCACAUUCGUAAGGCCCUGGUCAAGUUGAAGAAUUCCAGCAACACCGCCUUCAUCUUGACGUCGCAUAACAUGGAAGAGUGCGAGGUGUCGUGCGACCGCAUCGGCAUCAUGGUCAAGGGUCAGAUGACCUGUCUCGGCCCCCUGCUCCACCUCAGGCAGAAGUUCGGCGGGGGUCUCACCCUUAAGUUCAGGUUGCCCGACGACUCGCCGGUCGACACCCAGCAAGUGGACAUGGCUGUCUUUGAGGCGUUCCCAGGAGCGAAACGCUUGGAUACGCAGGACCGCCUGCAGAAAGUCGCCGAGUAUCGCCUCGUGGAGCGGCCUCCCUGGAGCCUGCUGUUCCAGAAGGUUGCUGCCCUGCGGAAGGCGUUCACCUUUGAGCACGUCAUCGCCACCGACGCAAACCUCGAGCAGCUCUUGGUUAGCUUCGCGCGCAAGGCGCGAGCUGAGGCCGCGCUCGAGCCGAAGGACGAGGACUGA